GCCGCACCUACCACGGUCAUACUGAAAAUCAAAGUGUAAACAGAGUUUACCUUUUUAAUAAACAAAUGUCUGACGAGGAGGAAGAUUAUAUGUCCGAUAAGUUCCUGGCUGGCCUGCAAGAAGUGCGGCCCAGCCUGGUGCAAAAUCGAGGCAAGAAGCGGCAAAUCGAAGUCGAUACCAAAAACGAGGAGCUGAAGAAACGCCAGCGAGAGGCAACAUCUGCCGCUGGAAAAGUGGAUAAUGAUCGGCUUCAGCAGUCGCUCAACAAACCCCUCUCUGCCGACAACAAGGGCUUCCAGCUGAUGGCCAAAAUGGGCUACAAAGCGGGCUCUGGUUUGGGCAAACAACCGGAUGCACGCACGGAACCCGUGGGAAUUACCAUAAAGAGCGGUCGCGGAGGCCUAGGACGCGAGGCAGCCGUGGCCGAGUUGACCCUUAAAAGGCAGGAAAUGCGGAGGGCCCACCUCCUCAGCAAGGCCGGCAUCGAAUCCGGCGAGGAAAUCAGCACUGAGGCUUAUAGAAGACGGGCGACCCACAAAGCGGAAGAACGUAAACUGCAUUACGACAUAAAGAGGUGCCAACAGACCUGCGAAUCGUUGGAUCUUAAGUCCGGAGUUACAGAACCAGAUCUGGACUUUUUUUGGCCACCUAAACCAAAGGAGGAAAACGGAUCCGACAGCGAAGAAGAGCCGGAAGAGGAGGAGCCUCCCAAGGAGGAACUAUACACUCCAUCGGAGCAACUAGAACUCCUCACUGGCUACCUGCGCACCGCAUAUACCUUCUGCUACUGGUGUGGAACCCACUACGAGGACACCGAAGAUCUCGGAAGUAAUUGUCCAGGACUCACGCGAGACGAUCAUUAGGUCCAGUAAAUAAAAAAACAAAAACUAGAUUAA